GGGCCGGACAUGAAUUCAGCCAUAUUCCACACUCUACUUAGCUAGCUAGCUGCGCCGGUUAGUGGAAGGUGGCCGAAAAGGAGGAACCGCACAAAAAGCUGCCAUUCCACACAAUCGUCGCCACCAUAUUUAGAUUUAUUGUCAUGGGAACUCAAUAGUUGGAUCUCUAGGUCGCCAGUGCUCCAAACCGGAGCGGAUGGAAGGCGCAUGAGUCUGAUCUUAGAUCGGCAGGAAAGCAGUCAUCCCGUGCUCGAAGGGGCCAGUGGGGAUUUUUAGGAUUAAAGCAAAUGGGACCGAAUUGGCCUCGAAUCUGAGAAAGAGGAAAAUGGUGGCAACGUGAGCAACCCGAACAACACGUCGAUCUGGAAAAAAAUUAACUACCUAGCUAAAUGUCGGGUUUAUACUAGCUAGCUGACGCCAACUAGCUAGCAAAGUCAACGUUAUCUGGAGGGUGAAAUCUGGAAUUUCAUUGCUCCGCAUCCGUCAGAUAAUUUCUGUUUGUUUGCUUUUUGUUUGCGUGAUUAGAAGGCAGGAUCACCAUUCGUUUCUUCUACAGAUUUUUGGUUGUUAUUUUAGGGGUAGGGAGUGGUGAUUGUGGUAGCUAGCUGAAAGAAAAUGUCAGCAAAGGUGAGGCUGAAGAAGUUGGAGCAGUUGCUCCUGGACGGCCACCAGCAGAACGAAAGCUUCCUGAGCGUCGAGACACUUUUGGAUAUUCUGAUAUGUUUGUACAACGAAUGCAGCAGCUCGCCUUUAAAAAGGGAGAAGCAUGUGACAGACUUUCUGGAGUGGGUGAAGCCAUUCACCACCUCAGUCAAGGACAUGCGCCUGCACAGGGACGACUUCGAGAUGCUCAAGGUGAUCGGAAGAGGAGCGUUCGGAGAGGUUGCAGUGGUGAAAAUGAGAAACACAGAGCGGGUGUACGCCAUGAAGAUCCUCAACAAAUGGGAGAUGCUGAAGAGGGCAGAAACAGCCUGCUUCCGUGAGGAGAGGAACGUCCUGGUCAACGGGGACUGCCAGUGGAUCACCAAGCUGCACUACGCCUUCCAGGACGACAACUACCUGUACUUGGUAAUGGACUACUAUGUUGGAGGGGACCUGCUGACGUUACUCAGCAAGUUUGAAGACAGACUUCCAGAAGACAUGGCAAAGUUCUAUGUGGCCGAAAUGGUCCUGGCCAUCGACUCAAUUCACCAGCAGCAUUAUGUUCACAGAGACAUAAAACCAGACAACGUGCUGCUGGACAUGAAUGGCCACAUCCGGCUGGCCGACUUCGGCUCUUGUCUGAAGAUGAUGCAGGAUGGGACGGUGCAGUCCUCAGUCGCUGUGGGAACGCCAGACUACAUCUCGCCUGAGAUCCUGCAGGCCAUGGAGGACGGCAUGGGGAAGUACGGGCCGGAGUGCGACUGGUGGUCACUGGGCGUCUGCAUGUACGAGAUGCUGUACGGGGAGACGCCUUUCUACGCAGAGUCCCUGGUGGAGACCUACGGCAAGAUCAUGAACCACGAAGAGCGCUUCCAGUUCCCGUCCCACAUCACGGAUGUGUCGGAGGACGCCAAGGACCUGAUCCAGCGGCUGAUCUGCAGCAGGGAGCGCCGGCUGGGGCAGAGAGGCAUCGGCGAGUUCAAGGCGCACCCCUUCUUCACCGGCAUCGACUGGGACAACAUCCGCAGCACCGAGGCGCCCUACAUCCCCGAAGUCAGCUCGCCCUCCGACACCUCCAACUUCGACGUGGACGACGACGUGCUCAAGAACCCGGACAUCGUUCCCCCUAUAUCCCACACUGGCUUCUCUGGGCAGCACCUCCCCUUCGUGGGCUUCACCUACAGCACUGACAGCUGCUUCUCCGACCGGGGCUGCCUGAGGAGGGGGGCGCCCGCGGCGGGGGACGGCUCCGGCCCGGCGGCGGAGGCGCAGGAGGGCUCCGAGAGCAGCCUGCAGGUGGAGGCCUUCCAGCAGAGGAUCAAGAGGCUGGAGCAGGAGAAGCUGGAGCUCAACCGCAAACUGCAAGAAUCCGGCUCAGGCAGAGGGGUGGGAACCCUAGGCAGGGACAAGGAGAUGAAGAAGCUGAACGAGGAAAUUGAGCGGCUGAAGAAGAAAUUGGCAGACUCUGACAGGCUGGAGCAGCAGCUGGAGGAGGCGGUCACCCUGCGGCAGGACCACGAGAGCUCCGCCUCCAAGCUGAAGGCUCUGGACAAGCAGGUCAAAGCACUCAGCCAGGAGAAGGAGGAGAUCCACAAGCAACUGGCGGACUCCCAGGAGCGGCUGAGGUCCCAGACGCGGGAGCUGAAGGAGGCGCAGCAGCAGCGGAAGCUGGCGGCGGAAGAGCUGUCGGAGCUGAACGAGCGCGUGGCCGAGCUGCGCUCCCACAAGCAGCGGCUCUCCCGCCAGCUCCGCGACAAGGAGGAGGAGAUGGACGUGGUCAUGCAGAAGAUGGACGCCAUGCGGCAGGACCUCCGCAGGACCGAGAAGGCCCGCAAGGAGCUGGAGUCGCAGCUGGAGGACGCCAAGGCCGAGGCGUCCAAGGAGCGCAAGCUGCGGGAGCACAGCGAGACCUACUCCAAACAGCUGGAGAGCGAGCUGGAGGUUCUCAAGGUGAAGCAGGGCAGCAGGCGGGUGGCAGGCCUGAGCCCAGAGACCCAGCAGGAGCUCUCCAAGGCCAAAUCCGAGCUGGACAAGAAGAUCCUGUUCUACGAGGAGGAGCUGGUGCGGCGCGAGUCCUCCCACAGCACCGAGCUGAAAAACCUCCGCAAGGAGCUGCAGGAGUCCGAGGGCCAGCAGCUCUCCCUGCAGAAGGAGGUGCUGCAGCUCAAGGACAAGCUGGAGAAAUCCAAGAGGGAAAGGCAGAGGGAGAUGGACGAGGCACUGGCCUCUCUGAAGGAGAAAUACGACCGGGAACGCAGCCUGCUGACCGAGGACAACCGCAGGCUGACCGGCGAGUCCGACAGGCUCUGUACGUUUGUGGACAACCUGACUGCGCAGAACCGGCAGCUGGAGGACGAGCUGCAGGACCUGGCCGCCAAGAAGGAGAGCGUGGCGCACUGGGAGGCCCAAAUCGCCGAGAUCAUCCAGUGGGUAAGUGAUGAGAAGGACGCGCGAGGCUACCUGCAGGCCCUGGCCACCAAGAUGACGGAGGAGCUGGAGUCUCUGCGCAGCUCUAGCCUGGGCUCCAGAACCCUGGACCCCCUGUGGAAGGUGCGGCGCAGUCAGAAGCUGGACAUGUCGGCCAGGCUGGAGCUGCAGUCGGCGCUGGACGCAGAGAUCCGGGCCAAGCAGCUGGUGCAGGAGGAGCUGCGCAAGGUCAAGGCUGCGAACAUCUCCUUCGAGAGCAAGCUGAGGGAGGCGGAGGCCAGGAACAGGGAGAUGGCGGAGCAGUUGGAGGGAGCAAAGAAGGACCUGGAGGACAGCCGGUCUCGCACGGAUGGAGGGCUAAAGCUCCCCAACUUCCAGGAGUCCAUCUUUGAAUACUUCAACACCUCUCCACUCACCCAUGACCUCACAUUCCAGACCAGCUCCAUCAGCGAGGUCGACACCACCACCCCACAGGCCGACGUCCCCGCCACCUCCCCAUCGGUGGCCUCCGAGCAGGAUGAGCCAGCAAAGCCGUCUCCAGCUACUCCUGCAGCUACAUCCCCCAUGUAUCAGUCCUCCCAGCUGUCCACGCCAAAGCCGAAGGCCCACCAGCUGAGCAUCAAGACGUUCUCCAGCCCCACCCAGUGCGCGCACUGCUCCUCCCUCAUGGUGGGGCUCAUCCGGCAGGGCUACGCCUGCGAGGUGUGCUCCUUCAUCUGCCACGUGUCCUGCAAGGACAGCGCCGUCCAGGUGUGUCCCGUCCCCCCCGAGCAGACCAAGAGGCACCUGGGCAUGGACAUGCAGAGGGGCAUCGGGACGGCCUACAAAGGCUUCGUCAGGGUCCCCAAGCCCACAGGGGUGAAGAAGGGCUGGCAGCGGGCCUACGCCGUGGUGUGCGACUGCAAGCUCUUCCUGUACGACGUGCCGGAGGGCAAGGCCACCCAGCCCGGCGUGGUGGCCAGCCAGGUGCUGGACCUCAGAGAUGAGGAGUUUUCUGUGAGCUCUGUGCUGGCAUCAGACGUCAUCCACGCCACUCGAAAAGACGUCCCCUGCAUUUUCAGGGUGACGUCGUCGCUGCUGAACGCGCCGUCCCGCACGGUAUCGCUGCUGGUGCUGGCGGAGAGCGAGGCGGAGAAGAGGAAGUGGGUGGGCAUGCUGGAGGGCCUGCAGGCCGUCUUCGCCAAGAACCAGCUGAGGCAGCGCGCCGUGCACGUGCUGCAGGAGGCCUACGACAGCAGCCUGCCCGCCAUCAAGACCACGCUGUCCGCCGCCAUCGUGGAUCGAGAACGCAUCGCCUUGGGAACAGAGGAUGGCCUGUACGUGGUGGAGGUCACCAGGGAUGUGAUCGUGCGGGCGGCCGACGCCAAGAAGGUGCAGCAGAUCGAGCUGAUCCCGCGCGAGAAGAUGGUGGCGCUCCUGUGCGGCCGCAGCCGCCACGUCCACCUGCACCCCUGGGGGGCGCUGGAGGGCGCCGAGCCGGCCUUCGACGUCAAGCUGGCUGAGACCAAAGGCUGCCAGGCGCUGACGGCGGGCGGGCUCCGCUCGGGCGGGCCCUCCUACCUGCUGGCGGCCGUCAAGCGGCAGGUGAUCUGCUACGAGGUGACGCGCGCCAAGCCGCACCACCGCAAGCUGUGGGAGGUGCAGGCGCCGGGCGUGGCGCAGUGGCUGGGCUUCGUACGGGACCGCCUGUGCGUGGGCUACCCGUCGGGCUUCGCCCUGCUCGGCCUGCAGGGGGAGUCGUCGCCCGUCAGCCUGGUCAGCCCCACCGACCCGUCGCUGGCCUUCCUGGGCCAGCAGCCGCUGGACGCCCUGCACGCCCUGGAGGUGGGAGCCGACGAGUACCUGCUGUGCUUCAGCCAGCUGGGCGUGUACGUGGACCAGCAGGGCCGGCGCUCGCGCACCCAGGAGCUGAUGUGGCCCGCCACGCCUGCCGCCUGCUCCUCCAGCUCCUCCUAUCUGUUCGUCUACAGCGACUACGGCCUCGAUGUGUUCGACGUCAACACCAUGGAGUGGGUCCAAACCAUGUCUCUGAGAAAGAUUCACCCUCUGAAUGUGGACGGCAGCCUGAACCUGCUGGGUGCAGAGCAGCCUCGCCUCGUGUACCUCAGCAACAGCUCCUCAGAGAGCUCUGACCUGGCCAUCCCGGAGACAUCUGAGCACAGUAAGAAGCUGAUGGUGAGGACACGCAGCAAGAGGAAGUUCCUCUUCAAAGUGCCCGAGGAGGAGCGGCUGCAGCAAAGGAGAGAGAUGCUCCGUGACCCGGAGCUGAGGUCCCGGAUGAUCUCCAAACCCACCAACUUCAACCACGUGGCCCACAUGGGCCCGGGCGACGGCAAGCAGGUCCUCAUGGAUCUGCCUCUGCAGAGCGAGUCACCUUCCCCCUCACCCUCCCGACACCACCCCCUGAUCUCUCCUCCAACCAACUUCGAGCACGUCUAUCACAUGACCCCCGUUUCUGCCGAGCUCUAUCUGCAGAAAGAGCCCUCUUCCCUGCCAGGCCUUCCUCGGCUGUCCUCCUCUUCCUCCUCUCCUUCCACCUCCUCCUUAGGAAGGAGUGGGCUAUCGUCUUCCCAGGAUGAAUCUAAGGAGAGACCUCGACCUGUCUCCAGUAUCUCUCGGCAACAGAGAAGUAAGACCUACAUGACCCGCACUGCCUCUGGAGGUGGGGACUUUAGCAGCACAGGUUCAUCUCGGAAUAUCUCCGAUCCUGACCAAGAGUUUGAGAGAGAGCCCGACUCGGACUCCACCAAACACUCGACCCCCUCCAACAGCUCCAACCCCAGCAGCCCCCCCAGCCCCAACUCUCCCCACCGCAGCCAGCUCACCCUGGACGGGCUCGACCCUGCGACCCUCGAUGGCUGACGGGCGGAGGGCGAGCCCCGCAACCCCUCAAACCCGGACGGGGUGUGACCAGCUCCCCACAGCUCUUGAGAAUUGACACAUGGACACGCCCCCCCCGCUACACCCUCACCUGCCCAGCUUGAACUGCGGUUGCCACGGACUGUCAAGAACAGACCUGCCCCACGGACCACCACACUAAACUUCAUCGUCCCGACUCAAGGGGAGUGUAGCAAUAUCCGGCUGCUACCACCACUGGUCAAUAUCUCCCACGAACACCAGUCGUCUGUUGCUGGGCGGCCCUUUUUCCUGCCGAGUUUGUACCCUUCUAUACUUCCCAGCGGUGACAGUACUAACUGCAGGCGUUUCUCCGCGCUCCGCCUCCUUUUAAAAAUGAUCUUUUAUUUGCAACGAGGAAGCAGCUCUCAGGGUGAGACAGUGAGCGUGCGGGGAUCGGAGCAGCUUUUAGCACGGACGCUGAUUGAGUGGCCCUGGCCUUCAGAUGUGAGAGACAGCGCCCUCUGCAGGCCAGCAGGGGGAAUUUUUUGCUAAUUAUCAGUGCAAUGGAGUUUAAUAGACAUCCUGCUUCGUGUUUAAUAGACAUCCAGGCCUCCGACCUGUGAAUAAUUCCUUUCCGUUUUUUACUUACAGUAGAUAAGUAAUCCACAUGUAUAGCUGCAAAGAGUUUCUGUUUCGCUCAUUAACAAAGGGAGACCAAUGCCGAAGCGUAAUAAUAGUAAUAAUAAUGUCCUUAUUAUAGAUGGCCUACAAGUAUGUUUUUCUUUAAACAAAAUCAGAAAGGCUAGGUAUUUUUUAAUGUAUAUUAUUUGUAUGGAGAUGUUCGCUCCAGAAGUGGGGGAAUCCUCUCCCCGAAAGCGUGGCCCCUUUCCCCCCAGCUCCACUGUCGCGCCGUUCCGAACUGCGCCGCAAACGGCAUCGCCGGAUCCGCUUCUCAAACGCGCGGAUUACGCGCCUCACUAACGGGGGCUGUCCGCAUAACCGCGACUUCAAGUCUUUGUAACGCUCACAUUCGCAUCUUGGAACGUUCUAAGCCGUAGAUGUCACGGCGGAAAGAAAAAAUAAAAACCCACUGCGGAAAGCGGAGGGGAGAUUUCAUUAUCCUUAGGAUCUACCGCAGGUCCCGGGAGCUGCUGCUGCUGCUGCUUUUGUUUGUUACAUAGAAAUAUACAGGAGGACGCUGACGCCGACCCACGACUGCUCACCUAUAUCAUCUGUACAGCAAUACAGCAUCUGUCCACAGGGUGGUGCUGUUGCAUAUUUUCCCCCUCUUUUGUCAUUUACGAGUCGAUCAAAGUGUUUGUGAAUACAUCUCAUUUUCCGAUACGUGCGACGUAAGGGCAUGACUGGCAUACCCAGUUUCUCACGAUCGUGCCUUUAGUGUCAUUUCACAGUGCAGUGCGACAUCAGUUCUGUGUGUCAACAGCGUUAAUGUUUGGGGCCAACAGUGGCAUUGUACAAGUGGUUGUUGUCGUGGGGAAGUUUGUCAGGAAACACUGUAUCAAACUUGCACAUUUUAUUAGUUUGAGGAGACCUCUUGGUUUUGCAUCACAGUAAUCUGUUGUUUUUAUUCCAACCCCUCUCCUCUCUGUUCCGCUUCUAAAAAUGGGACUUUGUUCAUUGAGACACUACUGCUUUUCUCUCUCUUUUUUUAAUCAAAAGUUGAAAUCUUUGUAAUUAUUGAAUUGUGAGAGAAAUUUUGGACGGAAAAUAAAAAAAGAGGGAGG